AUGGCCAUACCCAGGAUGUUCUCCCGGGUGCGAAUGCUACUCCUUGCCUUAAUCCUCGCAUGCGUCUUCAUUUGGUCCUUGUCGCGCUCGCGGAACCCCAACACAGCGUAUUCGAACGACGUCACUGCUUUCCCCCCCAACUCAGAAUCCAAUGUCGCCCAUAGCACUGCGGCUCAUAUUGCCUUCUGGCGCCAAUUCAAGCCGCUCCUGACCGGUUACGAACCGCAAUGCCCGCCACCUGAUAGACUGGGAACCGCAGCCUCGAACCGGUUUAGCAUGCAGGAUCCGGAGCGCCGGCCGGAGCUGUUGGACAUGAUGAUGGAAGAUGUGGACAAUAUGAAGUCUGCGCAUGGCGGCUUUGUCGACCAUAUCAAGAAGAAUCCGCCCCAGUUGCAGUAUACCCCCAACACGAGGGGCCUGGUAUCCACCGCGGGUGGUUCGUAUUUGCCAGUCUUGGUUAUUUCGCUGCGAAUGCUUCGGAAAACGGGUUCGACGCUGCCCGUCGAGAUCUUCCUCGCUGAUUCGGACGAAUAUGAAGAGUAUACCUGUGGCGUGGUUCUACCUUCUUUGAAUGCCAAAUGCGUUGUCCUUUCAGAAAUCCUAGAUGCGGUUCCUGGGGUUAAGGAGAUUGAGAAAUACCAGUUCAAGCCUUUCGCCAUGCUGUUUUCUUCAUUUGAGGAAAUUCUGUUUUUGGAUGCUGAUGCAUUUCCGCUUGAGAAACCAGAAUCUCUCUUUGUUAAUGAGCCCUUCAAGUCCAAGAACAUGGUUACCUGGCCGGACUUCUGGUUCUCCACGGCCUCGCCGAUGUACUAUGAGAUCGCAUCUCAAACUGCCCCCUCAAUGAAUCUCCAACAGUCGACCGAAUCCGGUGAGGUGUUGAUAUCAAAGAAGACCCACCUGAGGACCCUUCUUCUCUGUACCUACUAUAACUUCUGGGGCCCUAGCCACUACUACCCCCUGCUCUCGCAGGGUGCAUCAGGGGAGGGCGACAAGGAAACGUUCAUAGCAGCUGCCAUGGCAGUCGGUGAGCCCUUCUAUCAAGUCAGCGAGCCCAUCUGCGCCAUUGGCCACCGUACAGAAGGUGGGCUGGCUGGCUCUGCAAUGGUACAAUUCGACCCAACGCAAGAUUAUGCUCUGACGCAAAAGGGCGAGUUCCGCGUCAACGGCUCAACCGCUGCUGCACCUCGGGCAUUUUUCAUUCACGCCAACUUUCCAAAGUUCAACCCAGCCACUGUUUUCUCACCGCAGGCGGUCAAUCCGGCCUUGGAAGACGAUGGGGUCACCUACACACGGGCGUGGACAAUUCCGCAAGAAGUAAUUCGAGAAUUCCCCACCGACGUCGAGCGACAGUUUUGGAAAGAGAUCCUCUGGACUGCCUGUGAACUCGAAGAUAAGUUCAGAAGUUGGAAAGGUCAAAAGGGCAUCUGUGCGGGGGUCCAAAAAUACUGGGAUGCUAUUUUUGUGGGUCAGAAAGCCUCCAAGGAUAAGGAUUGA